AGCAGCUUUGCAGCUCAAGCUCGCUCGUGAUUGCAGGAAGGCAAGGCAAGAUGGCAGUUUGGCUGCUGGCACUUCUCUCCGCGGCGGCUGCCGAACCUUCUUUGCGAAGCAAUCGGACUUUUGGCGCCAUGUCGAAGGAGGCCCCAGUCCACUUGGCUUGGACCCACAUGCCUAACUUUUGCUUGUCCGCGGACGCCAACCAGCUGGAAAACGGUGUCAAGGUCCACCUCUGGGAAUGUGACAACACCUGGCAGAGCAAAGGGCAAAACUUUGUGGUGGAUGCCGAAAAUCGAUUUCGCAUGCAUGCGAACACCGACUAUUGCCUUGUGGUUGAUGGAGAUCACUUUGUCAAUGGAGCCAAGAUCCAACUUUGGAAGUGCAAUGAGAAGAACCCCAACCAACGGUGGUACUCCCAAAUGACAGGUCAGAUCAGUAGCUCAAGCGAGCCCUCAAUGUGCUUGGUCAUUGAUGGAAACAACGCCUUCAAUGGUGCCAAGAUCCAGAUGUGGUCAUGCGAAGGGAAUUCACAGCUGAAGGAGUGGAUGAGGCUCGUGCUUGGCCCCGGUGCGAAAGUCUUCGGGGUUCCCAAUGAGGAUGGCGCGUGCGAGGCUCCCUUUGAGGCCCUGGAUAGUUCACUGAAAGCGUGUGUAGACGCCGCUGAAGCAAUGAGGCCAGGCAGUGGCUGCUAUUCCAGUCAGUGGGAAAGCGUGGUCACGACUGAUUACCAGCCCACUUGGCCCAGAGGCUGCUACUUCUACGCAGCCUGCCAGGGCGGGUGUGGGUUGUACUUUAAUCCAUCUGGACAGGGAAAGAGCUGUCCCAGCCAGGGGGAUUGCAUGAGCAUUUCUGUUAUUUGCCAGCUCCAGCAGUGAGCGUUUUUUUUGGGCUUUGCCGGAGAGCGAGUUGCUCCAAGGCUUAUAACGCCGUUUUGACUUUGUUUCGCACAGCUGACUUUGGAUCCCAGCUCUUGGUUGAUCCCUUAGACGAAAUGGUCCUAUUGGAUCCUUCCUGUCCAGCAAGCAAACAAGGCCACAAUAGGCCACAUUGGUUCCUAGACCCAAGUGACCCCAAAUGACCUAAAUAUUGUUUUCG